AUGCCAACAGCCUCACGCAAUCCUGCCGGGCAAGCACUCACCAGGGUUCGAAAGCCACAGGCCGAGACGCCUGCCAAACGCGCUGUGCGAAACUUGCCGGCAACUGGCGCUGUGCGAUCCAAGCCCGUCCCACAGGAGGUCCAGUUCCGAAAGACUUUGAAGGCACAUACCACCCACCCAAUCGAUCAUGUUGAUUGCAUCAAGUUACUUGAAGCAGCCGAAGAUGACCAUCAGCAGCGCGCGGCUCGCCUAGAGGAGGGCCACCAGCAAGUUGUCUCGGAAAAGGCCCAGCUGUGCGCGAGAGUCCGCCAACUUACAUCGGAGUGUCGCCAGUUGGAGACCGAGAACCGUACGUUGAAAGAUAGAUUGGAAACAGCGACCGCCCAGGACCAAAUGUCUCGAGGUGAAUACAAAGUGACCUUGAAGGAUCUUCAGAGCUCCGCUUCAUCUUUGUGCAGUCAGAUCACGACCAAGAUCAACGAGUGCGACCGGGCAUACUUUUCCACUUUAUUGCCUGAGCCUGAUGUGGCCCAACCCUGGCAAGACCAAGACGCAAACUAUCUGCUCAAUCCUUCAGAUAUGCCGGCACAACCCCUUCCGGGCUACUCCCUGUCCAACCUGCCCACCAUGCCGCAACUCAAUCCAUAUGCGCAUGUGCCUCGAGUAGCAGUUUGGGCACCGGAUAGCAUGCGGAGUGAGGCCAACGGGUUAUGGAGAUACUGUUCCAUAGUCACCCAAUAUUGA